CCGACUCGUCUAGUCUCCAGCUCCCCAUUCAACCCCCAAGUUAUUUUGCUCCUAUCAGAACCCCAGAAACCAGCUGCAAAUCGAUCCCCAGAGAGAGUUCCAUCGAUCAAGCAGAAGCCGAGGUCACGGAUCGAUCGAUGGGGAACUCGUACAGCAACAGCGGCGCGUCGUCGGGGCAUCCGCAUCACCACCUGCAGGCGCCGGAGCUGCCGCUGCACCUGUGCUUCUUCCUGCUGGUGCUGCUCGCGUUCCUGGGCUUCUCCUGGUACGCGAGCUACGAGGCGGCGGCGGAGACCUUCGCCGACCAGGGCCGGCUCCUGCUCAUCGUGUCGCCGCUGGCGCUGCUCGUCGCCGUGCGGCUGCUGUCGUCGUCGGCCGGGGGCGGCGAAGGGGGGAGCUACGGCGGGCGCGUGGACCAGCUGAUGUCGUCGCUGUCGAUGCCCGAGAGGGACUCCAUCCACCGCGCGGGGGGAUCGCCGUGGGGCGUUGGGCUCCUGCUCGUGCUGCUCCUCGUCAUGGUCUCGUACCAGUCAAACUUCCGCGAGAAGUGGUUCGCGCUCUAACUUGUAUUCGGCGAGUGAUGGAAUGAAAUCGAUCGAUCGGAAGAAUCAGGAUGCCGCAGAGCACGAAAUCGUGUAAAGAUUUAAUUCGCUCACUGGAAUGAAAAUGCGAAUAAUACUGUCGUA